AUGUUUACAUUUUUCUUUCUUUUCUUUUCUUUCUUUCUUUCUUUCUUUCUUUGCUUCCAGCUAUUUACGUUUUAUCUUUCUUUCUUUCGUUUGCUUUCAGAUGUUUACAUUUUUCUUUCUUUCUUUCUUUCUUUCUUUCUUUCUUUCUUUCUUUCUUUGCUUCCAGCUAUUUACUUUUUUCUUCUUUUUCUUUCUUUCUUUUUAUUUCAACUGUUUAAUUUUUUAAUUUUUUCUUUCUUUUGCUUUGAGCUGUUCUCUGCUGCUUAUAUAUUUUUCGUCAUUUAUUUUCUCUUUUUACUUUCACCCGUUCAUGUCUUUUUUAGUUUCUUUUUAUGUUAUUCUUUUUUCUUUCAAUUUUUCUGUUUCCUUUUUUUUUCUUUUUAUGCCAUUUCUUUUUGUUUUUCUUUCGCUUUCUUUUCUUUUUGUCUUUCUAAUGCCAUAAAGGCUUUUUUCUUUCUUUUUUGUUUUGUUUUCCUUCUUUUUUACUUAAUUUUAUUUUGUUUUUGUUUUCUUUUUUCUUUUAUUCUUUUUUCUGUCUUGUAUUUAUUUUCUUUCUUUUUUAUUUUGCUUUCCUUCCUGCUUUAUUUUUUUCUUUUUAUUUCUGUUUUCCUUCUUUUUUUUCUUAAUUCUAUUUUGUUUUUGUUUUCUUUCUUUUUUCUUAAUUCUAUUUUGUUUUUGUUUUCUUUCUUUUUUCUUAAUUCUAUUUUGUUUUUGUUUUCCUUCGUUCUUUGUCUCUUUUUAUUUGGUUUUUGUUUUCCAUCUUCCUUUUUAUUUUUUUGUUUUCUUUUCCUACUCUUUUUCUUAAUUUUAUUUGGUUUUUGUUUUCUUUCUUUCUUUUCAUAUUUAUUUUUUUUCCAUUUUUCUUUCUGUCUUUCUUUUUCUUUUGUUUUUAUUUACCUUCUUUCUUUUUUCAGUUUUUUCUUUUUAUGCUAUAAUUCUUUCUUUCUUUCUUUCUUUCUUUCUUUCUUUCUUUCUUUCUUUCUUUCAGUUUACUAUUUCUCCCCCGUUUCUUUCUUUCUUUCUUUCUUUCUUUCUUUCUUUCUUUCUUUCUGCGCUACCGUUUCUUUUGGACAAGCCUUUUUCCCUGUCUUUUUAUAUCUAUCUAUCUAUCUAUCUAUCUAUCUAUCUCAUCUAUCUAUUAUCUAUCUCAUCCGUUUCUAUCUAUCUAUCUAUCUAUCUAUCUAUCUAUCUAUCUAUCAAUCUAUCUAUCACAAACCGCCAUCUAUUCAUCUAUCUAUCUAUCUAUCUAUCUAUCUAUCUAUCUAUCCCAGUUUUUAUUCAUCUAUCUAUCUAUCUAUCUAUCUAUCUAUCUAUCUAUCUAUCUAUCCAGUUUCUUUCAUUAUCUAUCUAUCUAUCUAUCUAUCUAUCUAUCUAUCUAUCUAUCUAUCUAUCUAUCUAACCCAGAAGCUCUUUCUUUAUCUAUCUAUCCAUCUAUCUAUCUAUCUAUCUAUCUCCAUCUAUCUAUCUAUCGAACCCAGUUUCUUUCUUAUUAUCUAUCUAUCUAUCUAUCUAUCUAUCUAUCUAUCUAUCUAUCGCAGUCUCUUUCUUAUCUAUCUAUCUAUCUAUCUAUCUAUCUAUCUAUCUAUCUAUCUAUCAGAUGUAUUUAGGCAAGAAAAAUUCAUCGCAAAAAGUUUUACUAAAUUCCAUGAUAUUACGUUGUUUAAACGAAUAAUCGUGCAUUUCUUUCUAUCUAUCUAUCUAUCUAUCUAUCUAUCUAUCUAUCUAUCUAUCUAUCUAUCUAUCUAUCUAAGACUGUUCACUAUCUAUCUAUCUAUCUAUCUAUCUAUCUAUCUAUCUAAGACUGUUCAUUAUCUAUCUAUCUAUCUAUCUAUCUAUCUAUCUAUCUAUCUAUCUAUCUAUCUAUCUAAGACUUCAUUAUCUAUCUAUCUAUCUAUCUAUCUAUCUAUCUAUCUAUCUAUCUAUCUAUCUAUCUAUCUAAGACUACUGUUCAUUAUCUAUCUAUCUAUCUAUCUAUCUAUCUAUCUAUCUAUCUAUCUAAGACUGUUCAUUAUCUAUCUAUCUAUCUAUCUAUCUAUCUAUCUAUCUAUCUAUCUAUCUAUCUAUCUAUCUAUCUAUCUAAGACUGUUCAUUAUCUAUCUAUCUAUCUAUUCAUCUAUCUAUCUAUCUAUCUAUCUAUCUAUCUAUCUAAGACUGUUCAGUAUCUAUCUAUCUAUCUAUCUAUCUAUCUAUCUAUCUAUCUAUCUAUCUAUCUAUCUAUCUAUCUAUCCCAUGCCAUUCAACUUAUUGAUAUCUUCACCUUCAAAUGCAAGAAAAUGUUGA